AUGGCUGAUGAUGGGGAAAAUGUUGCAGUAAUGACUGUUAAAGAACCCUUAGAUCUUAUAAGACUAAGUCUAGAUGAAAGAAUUUAUGUCAAAAUGCGAAAUGAACGUGAAUUACGAGGAAAACUACAUGCUUAUGAUCAACAUUUAAAUAUGGUAUUGGGAGAUGCAGAGGAAACAAUAACAACAGUUGAAAUUGAUGAAGAAACAUAUGAAGAGGUUUAUAGAACAACUAAAAGAAAUAUCCCUAUGUUAUUUGUGCGAGGAGAUGGUGUAAUACUGGUGUCACCACCUGUUAGAGUAGGUGUG